UCUGCGGGAGGAACCCGGGGUAGCCCCGUCAGAGCAAGCGUAAGCACAGCCGGGGUAGCCCCGUCAGAGCGAGCGUAAGCACAGCACUGCCACUCCGCACCGCGGGCUCCCCUUCCCAGCAGCCCUUGCGUGUCCACUCGGGCGUCGCCAAGCCGAACGCGCGGGCUCCCUACGCGAGGCCUGCGCGCGGCAGAAACUACAACGACCAGAAGGCCACGGGGACGGCGGCGACCCGCCACCAAUCCCAGCCCCGAAGCGGGGCUAUAUCCUGCGGCUCGCCGGGCUUCCGGCGUCUCCCUCGAGCACGUUCGUCUUGCCCUUUCCCCGUCCUCGGGGAGUUGACCUCCCGCAGGCGCCUCCUUGGGACCCAGCCGUGGGGUGCGGGGUGGCGGGGCGGGAAGGCUGGGAUGAGCUGCCCCGUUCCGUCCCAACCGUGAUCUCCGGUAACGGGGCUGUCCUCUUCCCUCCGCGCUCGCCCGCCGUCCCCUCUGACUGAGGCCCCGAUUGCGACGGGCGGCGGGCGGGCACCCUGCCCGGCGGAGGUGUGGGCCUCAGCUGCGCACUCAAGGCCUGCCCGGGUCCCAUGGCGGCGGCGGCGCUGGUGGACCUGGCGCGGGACUGGGGGACCUUUGAGGACAUGGCCAUGUACUUCUUCCAGGAGGAGUGGGAGCUCCUUGAUGAGACUCAGAGGCGCCUGUACCACAAUGUGAGGCUGGAGACCUUGGCGCUUGUGGCCUCAAUGGGUUGCUGGUGCGGAGUGGAGGAAGCCCCUCUUGAACAGGGUGUUUCUGUAGAAGGAGCGUACCAUUUCAGGACCCCUAAGGCAUAUCCUUCUACCCUGAAGGCCAACACCUGUGACAUGUGUGGCUUGGUCUCAAAAGACAUUACACCUGGCUAAGCAUCAGGGAAAUCACCCUUCGCAGAAACCAUACAAGUGUGAGGCAUUUGGGAGAGGCUUCUGGCUCAGAAUAAGCUCUCACCAGUUCCAGCAGGAGCCCAGUAGAGAAAAACGCUUCACAGGUAGCAAACGUGCUAAGGAUGUCCUGGACGGCCUCGACCUCCUGCAGCACCGGGCCACCCACAGCAUGUGGAUACCACACAGGCACCAGGCACAAGGAGGCCUUCCAGCUGCCAGCAGCAGCAGAGAGGCCACACCGCACAGAAGUCCUUCAAGUGCAGCAGCUGUGGGAGCAGCUUUCUGAAGGCUCUCAUGCUCCUAGAUCAUCUGCUCACUCAUUCCAAAAAGAGACCCUGCAGAUGCCCAGCACGGGGAAAUGCCCCUGAAGAGCAGGCCACCAUUGUUCAUCACCCAAAAACCCCACUGGGGAGACAUCCCAUGUGUGUAAGGAAUGUGGGAAGGCCUUCAGUCACCUUUUGAAACUGAGGACACAUGAGAAAAUUCCUACUGAAAAAGUGUAUCACGGUUGCAGUGAGUGUGGGAAAGCCGUCACCCAGAAGUACACACUCGCUUGGCACCGGAGACUCCACUGAAGAAUGGCCUUAUGCCUGUGGCCACUGUGGGAAGACCUUCACUUGCAGCUUCAGUGUCGCUCGCCAUCAGGAAGUUACGAAAAGAAAGGCCUUGUAAGUGCAGACCAUGCCGGAGUCUCCAGCUGCAUCGCCAGUUUUGUGGAGCACCAGAAAAUACACACUGGGGCAAGGCCUUGUACGUGCAGUAAAUGCGGGAAAGCCUUCAUUAACAGUUCUCAUCUUCAUUGGCAUCAGAAAGUUCACAACAAGGGCAUCUGGGUGGCUCAGUGGGUUAAAGCCUCUGCCUUCAACACGGG